ACGCGAGCCUUUCCAGCUUUCGAACGACCUUCUUCACCUUGCGCAUCCACUGUCCAGGUCAAGCGCACCACCAGCAUGCAACGCCCGCGCAACCGCCAGCCUCGCGCUGCACACGACAACGCUCGACGCGGUGAUCGCGGUGGCGGAGGCAGGCGAGGUGGACGAGGUGGGCGAGAUGUGCACCGCGGCCCUGAAUACCACCCUGUGCCUUCGAUUCAACAGGUCGUGCCCGGUGCUGCCGUAUCAAUAGUGCUGAAAGCAGAUCAGCCCACUGGCCGAGAGGUUCAAGGCAUCGUUCAAGACGUGUUGACUCGCGGCGAUCACCCACGGGGCGUCAAGGUACGUCUGACCGAUGGCAGGGUGGGCCGUGUGCAGCGCAUGUCGGCAUCAGUGCCACCGACAACGACAACAAUAACGACGACGUCCACUACGAGCGGUGGCUUCAAGCAUGUGGCUGACGUACGGUACGACGACGGCUACAUCGAUUCUGCUGCUGGACCACCGCCCAGGACCCUCGCAGACUUCCUACCAAAUUUUGACGAGCCGCAAAGUGCCACUGGGCAGCGAACAGAGCCAUCACUCAGCAGCGUGAACGCCACGUGCCCGGUCUGCGGGGUCUUCGAAGGCGACGAGGUCGCUGUAAGCCGCCAUGUCGAGAGUCAUUUCACCGAUGCGCCUUGUGGUUGACUCGAAGCUCCUACAUGUCCUGACUUGAGAAGUCCAAGCCUCCCUUGCGGGGCGCUCUCCUUAUACUGCUUGCUACUCCAUUGCAAAUGUUUGAAAGCAUGUGGUCACCUGCCUGUGAUUUGGACCAUGAUCACAGCUCUAAAUGAAGCCCGGCUACCUAGAACAUUGCGAACGUUGCGCAUCAUGCGCUGUAUGGUCGUCUCCAGAUCGCUUGGUACUGCUUGAACAAUCUGUUUCACGCACGGGUUUAGAUGAUGCAACAAGUCCGCGAGGCAUAGGAACUUCCAACAGAGCAUGGCAGAUUGGCCAGAAUCGUGAUUGCGCUCUCCA